UUUUAUCUAGAAAAUGAUAUCCAGAUGUGAAUAUAUAUUUACAGCUAUUUUCUGACAAAGGAAGAGAAAAGCUGAUGAGAUUUUAAUUGUAUGAAUUUCCGAAAUAUAUAAUUUGUCUCAUACAUUGUCUCAUUCCGUUAAAACUUAACUGAACACAAAUCCGCUACCAGCCCUGUUAGUACUUUGUCCAUCGUCUCUUAUCAGUAAUGCAGACUUGUGUGUGCUGAUUCGGAUAAUUGAACAAAUUGUUUAGUUUGUGAUCAGAUUCUGCAAAAAAAUGUUCACUGCUAGCUUCCGAUUACUGCGUCGGGGAGAUCUUCAAUGGAGAAGUACGUCAAGAAGGCUUCACCUGAGCAAGGUACUUGCCAGCAACGGUGACUUGAGCAAAUACCCAUUGGAUGGAAUAAAAAUUCUGGAUCUAACUAGAAUCGUGGCCGGGCCGUACUGUACCAUGGUGUUGUCCGAUCUGGGAGCAGAAGUGUACAAGAUAGAGCGACCGUUCCAAGGGGACGAAUCCCGGAAGUGGGGUCCCCCGUUUCUAAAAGAUUCGGUCGAUUCCGUGUACUUCAUGGCAUCGAAUCGCAACAAGAAAAGCGUUUGUGUCGAUUUGAAAACGGGGAAGGACGUGAUUUAUGACCUGGCCCGCAAGUGUGAUGUGCUGGUGGAGAACUACGUCCCGGGGAAGCUUGACGAAUUCGGGUUGGGAUACGAAGAUUUGAAGGUGGUUGCUCCUUCGCUGAUUUAUUGCUCCAUCACAGGAUAUGGGUCGGUGGGACCUUAUCGGAACAAACCUGGUUACGAUGUGAUUGCUGCAUCGAUGGGAGGUUUGCUGCACAUUACCGGAAAUGAGGAUGGUCCCCCAACGAAAGUCGGUGUCGCUAUAACGGAUAUUGCUACGGGAUUGUAUGCACAUGGAGCAAUUUUGGCCGCUCUGUUUCAACGUAGCAAAACGAACCGUGGACAAAAAAUUGAUGUGAAUCUUUUAUCCACCCAAGUGGCCUGUCUCAUUAAUGUGGCCAGUAACUAUUUGAAUGCAGGAAAGGAAGCGAAGCGCUGGGGGACAGCUCAUGAGAGUAUCGUACCAUAUGAAGCUUUUCCUACAAGCGAUGGUCAUAUCACGAUAGGAUGUGGAAGCGAUGCUCAAUUUGAAUCCUUAUGUAAUCAUCUCCAGAUUAAGGAAGUGGCAAAAGAUGAUCGUUUCGUGACCAAUCAAACUCGUGUCAAACACCGCAAAGAGUUGAUUGCCAUAUUGGCGCCGAUAAUCCAAAAGCGAAGUUCUGCCGAGUGGAUGAACAUUUUCGUUGAUGCCCCAUUUCCGGUGGGACCGAUUAACAAUAUGGCAGAGGUUUUCCAGGAUCCACAUGUGCAGGCCAUCGAACUGGUGCGAAGUCUUGAUCAUCCGACUGCGGGCGAGGUUAAGGUCGUUGGUCCUCCGGUCGUCUACAGCGAAGGCAGUAAUCUGGCACGUACUGCCCCGCCAUUGUUGGGAGAACAUACAGACCAGGUUUUGCGAGAUUUGCUUAACUAUUCGGAUGAUCAUAUUCGAACAAUUCGUCAGAAACGCAUUAUUCAAUGAUAUUCAUAUAAUGAAUACAAUUAUUUCUCACUGCAAGCAUUUACUAAAAUAAACUACUUGAAACAAUUUUAUGUUUUUGUGCACUGUUCCAAAUUUGAUGACAUC